GAGAGAAGACAGCGUCGGCGGCGGCUCUGCAGUGGAAUACGCUGUUAUUUGAGGGAAGGUGAGCGUCUCGGAGUACCGACCAGCGCGCAGAGAUGCGUUUGAGGACUUGAUGUCAGAAUAAAAAGUAACUCCUGGGUUCUUCUCACUUCACAAAAAGCCUCAGUCAAAUCCCCAGACAACACAAGGGGGGAAAAAAAUGGAAUAACAUCUGUUUAUCUGCAUAUUUCUAUGUUCAAAAAACAAGAGGAAAAUACACAGAGAUCGACAGAGGACACGAAACAUCUCGGAGGAUGCGGAAUUAGAAAGAACAAAUUGCCACUGGAGGACCAAAGGGAAAGUGAAGCUUUUCUCACAGAUCCACCAGUGUGGAGUCACCUCACCUGUACCUUCGGAUUAAAGAGCAGGGUCAUGUCCCAGUUGCCAUGCGCAUCGCCACGCUGACCUGCCUUCCCGGCCCUUCCCCCUUCCUCUUUCUAUUGGCCCAGCUGCUACUGCGGCUCCUCCUCCCUGGGCCGGAGCUAGUGGGAGCCGCCUCCUCCUGCCCCUCCCUGUGCACCUGCUCCAACCAGGCCAGCCGAGUCAUCUGCACCAGGCAAAACUUGGAGGAGGUGCCCGAAAGCAUAUCCGUCAACACACGAUACCUCAACCUGCAGGAGAACUCGAUACAGGUCAUCAAGUCAGACACAUUCAAGCAUUUGAGGCACCUGGAAAUCCUCCAACUCUCCAAGAAUCAGAUACGUCAGAUUGAAGUUGGAGCAUUCAAUGGCCUCCCUAACCUCAACACACUGGAGCUCUUCGACAACCGCCUCACACUGGUGCCAUCACAUGCCUUCGAGUACCUCAGCAAGCUGCGGGAGCUGUGGCUGCGCAACAACCCCAUUGAGACUCUGCCCGGCUAUGCCUUCCACCGUGUGCCCUCGCUACGUCGCCUGGACCUGGGGGAGCUCAAGAAGUUGGAUUUCAUCUCUGAUGCAGCCUUUGUGGGCCUCAUCAAUCUGCGUUACCUGAACCUGGGCAUGUGUGGGCUGAAAGACAUUCCCAAACUGACGGCCCUGGUGCGUUUGGAGGAGCUGGAGCUGUCAGGAAACCGGUUGGAGAUUAUCCGUCCAGGCUCCUUCCAGGGCCUGGUGUCCCUUCGCAAGCUGUGGCUAAUGCACUCACAGGUGUCCGUCAUCGAGCGCAACGCCUUUGAUGACCUGAAAAACCUGGAAGAGCUCAACCUGUCCCAUAAUUCCCUGCACUCCCUGCCCCACGACCUCUUCACACCCCUUCACCAGCUGGAGAGGGUUCACCUCAACCACAACCCAUGGGUCUGCAAUUGUGAUGUGCUUUGGCUUAGUUGGUGGUUGAAGGAGACGGUGCCCAGUAACACCACCUGCUGUGCCCGCUGCCACGCUCCGCCGUUCUUAAAGGGCAAAUACAUUGGAGAGCUUGACCAGAGCCACUUCACCUGCUACGCUCCCGUCAUUGUGGAGCCGCCUACAGACCUCAAUGUCACCGAGGGCAUGGCUGCUGAGCUCAAGUGUCGCACAAGCACGUCCACAACAUCUGUCAACUGGAUCACCCCUAAUGGCACUCUAAUGACCCACGGCUCUUACCGAGUGAGGAUAUCCGUCCUGCAUGAUGGCACACUCAACUUCACGAAUGUCACCCUGCGAGAUACGGGCCAGUACACCUGCAUGGUGACCAAUGCUGCUGGCAACACUACGGCGACUGCUGUCCUCAACGUUACUGCUGCUGAUGCCAGUGUCAACUACACCUACUUUACAACAGUUACUGUGGAAACGGUGGAAACUGGAGGAGGUAACGAUUAUGCAUUGGUUUCCAUCAAUGAGACCUUCAUCCACGUUCGCCCUGGCCCAACUCCCUCCGACCUGUGGACAGACAUGGUUCCUACCACAGACUCCUCUCUGUCUCCCAGCUGGUCCUCCUCCUCUCCCCACACCACUCGACCCACCUUCACUGUGCCAAUCACCGUCCCGGGCUUCUCAGGCCUGGACGAUGUGAUGAAGACCACCAAGAUCAUCAUUGGCUGCUUCGUAGCCAUUACCUUCAUGGCAGCGGUGAUGCUGGUGGUGUUCUACAAGCUGAGGAAGCAGCACCAGCUGCACAAACACCAUGGGCCUGCUCGCGCCAUCGAGAUCAUCAAUGUGGAGGAUGAGCUGGGUGCCGGCGCCGGCGGUCGAGGCAGCGGCAUCUCAGGAGGCUCCACGGUGACGCAGAGCGGAAGCAGUGGAAUAGGAGGUGGUCAGAGCCUCAGGCUGCAUCACCCAGAGAUAGUCAACCUGCCGAACCUGGCCCGGUCGGAGCACCUCAACCACUACUACAACCAUCACUUCAACAACAACAUGAUGGGCCUAGGCCUGGGCACGGGCCCCUGGGUGGGCCUCAACAACAACAACAACCCUUCACCAUGCUCUCAGUCACAAACAUAUCUGUUCCCAGGUUACAACCGUCCUCCGGUGGGGGCACCCACUGGUGGCACCUUGCCCUCCCCUGUCCCCCUGCAGUUGGGGCUCCACAGUUCUCUGAAAGGCCUAAUGGGGAAAGGCCAGAAUGAGCCACUACUUUUUAAGAGUGGCUCAAAGGAAAAUGUGCAAGAGACUCAAAUCUGGUAAAAGUGAGGGUAGAAGUAUGAAGUAAGAAGAAAGGGAUGCCAGAUAGAGACAGUGAUACAGAAGGCACCUGUGAAGCCAAGUAUACGAGACUGAUUGUAGCCAACUGUCCUCAUGGACAGAUUUCAGAAAAGAUGACGUUUCACAUUGCCGCUGCUUUGUGUUGUCAAUCUGUUGACAGAGAGAAGCAGAUAGGAAGAGUGAAGGAGACAGUACGGUAUCUGAUCAAUGCUAGUCCCACCAGUAGCACCUGCACAUACCUUUAAACUAAAUCAGACACAAAUAUCAAAAUUAAUCAUUAAUGUGUGCAACCUGCUGUAGUCUUUGCCAAAGUCCGAUAUCAAGCCAAUUCUUCUCACACAGUGGAGAGCAAUGAACAAUGUGCAAUGAGCCUCUCUAGGUUUUAUACAGAUUACUUCGUAUAUUUCCAGACACAUUCAGUGUAUAUAUUUGGAGGGAGACAUAAUAUUGGCCAUUGGACAUGUUGUCAGAUUGGUGUUGGCAGAGGCGCUGAAUAACAAACAAUGGGAGAGCGGUUCGGUCCCAGGUUUCCAGGAAGCACUAAAACACAGCAAGAGCAAAAUUAGACCAGUGCAGCGAUACUGUCCAGAACACAAGUACCAGACUACUUCUUAGCAGGGAGACAGAACAACAACAAUAGUUUUUAUUUUUCAGAGUGGUUUCACUCUCACUUUCUCACUUUUUCCCUUUCACACUUUACUGGCUACUGUCUUCUUUGGAGGAGGAGGAAAAGAAACAGAGUGGGUGAUCAUGGGAGAAGAAAAACUCCUGCGCAUAAAGGACAAAGAGAGAUAUUAAAACGGACUGAACGUACAUAUUAUAUAUACCGUAAAUAUAUUUUUCAUUC